GACCUUUUUCAUGCUCUAGUGGUGAGCACUGGUUCCUGACAAUCACAAUAACCAUAGUGAGCUCACUGUGAUGACGUACUUCCGGUGGUGGUCCAGGUUAGGGACCGGUUCGACCACUGACGUGACCGCAGACAUUACAAAAACAUUCAGGGAUACUGCUGAAGAUAGGUAAUACAUAUAUAUUAGGUAUUUUUGGACCACACGUCCAUGUAAGGCAAUUUGUGACUAACACCCAAUUGACGAACGCGUUGUACUGUCAAAGUGGAAGACCGUGAUGUCACGUUGACUGGCCCGGGAUACUGACGAUGUCUACUGGACGUCAAAGAAUCUGACACGGAAAGCCGCACACAAGGAACAUGAAGCUGUGACACAGUCUACCUUCGUGGGGAACAAUGUAGAGUCUGUGUUUAAGUCGGCGUUCACCAGUUGCAGGUGGUGACCAUGCGUCCCCGGGGAGUUCGGAAGCUUCUAGUGGCCGCCAUGUUGGCGACAUUGAGCUGGACUCUAUACACCAUUCAUGGAACUAUGCCUCACAGCGCACCAGGUUCAUCUCGAAAACUACCCCGAGAGCUCGAUGCUGACGUCACGAUGGUUGAAGUACAAGACAUGCUCAAACUCUGGAAACGCAAUGAUAAGGAAUUCGGAAAACUCAGGUCAAGGAUCAGCCGUGAUGUGGAUCCCAGAAAACACCUGCUGUAUUACUCCGACUUCCGGAAGAACGUCCGGGAAUUCCUGCGUCUGCAAGCCCAGAAUCUGACUUACAGUUUCAGAACGCCGGUGGGACACUACAACAGCUGUGCUAUUGUAGGCAACGGCGGAAUACUACAGAACAGCAGUUGUGGUGCGGUGAUUGACGCGCAUGACUUUGUCUCUAGGUGUAACAUGGCGCCGACUGAGGGAUUUGAGAAGGACGUCGGUACCAAAACCAGCCACAUGAUGCUGAACGGGGAAAGCAUAUACGACCUUUGGGACGAUUUGAACGACACAAAGAGAGAAAUAAACAAGAUAAGGCAAUUCAAAACCCUCAACGGUUCCAUUCUACACUACUCCAAGGUUAGGAAUAACAAGAUACCCCGUAUAUUAUCUGGGCUGAAUGACAAGUUGAAGAGAUUUCUGAAGCAACAUCAUAUCAAUAUCACACUGGCCUACGCGCAGAGGAAUAUGGCGAACCCUGUAAAUGUUUUGCUACAGCGGAUUUUACGACAAAGUCGGUGGGCACUAACGCCAACUACCGGCAUCAUGGCCUUGUUUUUGGACAUGACCUUCUGUGACCGGAUAACUAUAUACGGCAUGUGGCCGUUUCCCGUCGAUCCCCGCGGCAAGCCGCUGAACUACCACUACUACCAGGUGGGCACGGAGCAGCUGCAGAACGAGCGCCACACCUACAACACCGAGAUUCACUACCUGGCCAAGUUACAUAGCAAGGGCGUGAUCAAACUUGUUAUACAGCCCUGUCGUUAGGUCAAGUAAGGCAAGGCCACCAACCAACCAACCAACCCACCCACCAACCAACCCACCCACCAACCAACCCACCC